CUAUUUCCAUAGGGUUAGCAGCACUCAAUCUCUCCCUUUCUCCCGUGUACGUUAUGUGCUUUCCUCUCCUUUCUGUCAGUUUUCUGUUCAACUAGGGUUACCAGACAUGAACCCUAUCACCUUUCUUCCGUUAAAUCCGGCCACCGUCGUCCCACCACUUCGCGUAAGUGCCCAUCGUUCUGAACCUAUGAUUCCUAAUCUAUUCACCGACUAUGCCGCCGUCACUUCAUCAACAGCUGUUCCACUUCAUCUUGUACUUCCUUCCGCUAGAUUGGCUGUAAUCGUUGGAUGCUACUAUGCUAUGGAGCUCAUCUAUUAUCUAUCUUCGCUUCUCCCUAUCUACAAACCAUGGGUCAAAAAAUCGAGGCAAGUGCUCGGAAGGCCAUGAUCUCCAAAUUCAGGUUGGAGCUUUGUGAAGGAAAGGUGUACAAGAUUGCAUUGAUACUAAUUUUUGUACAAGGAGCAACAUGCGAAUGGGAGACUGUCAGGGAUACAAGGAGUUUUUUACGAGAAAUAAAAGGAAGCAUUAAAAGGAUUAUCGGUGGAAGAGAUAUGCCACGAAGAGUUAACUCAAUUGUACAAGUGAAUGACUCCAAAGAGACUUAGAAAUUGAAAGUAAGGAUUACAAGUCUGUCGCUUAUUGAAACAUCUGUAAAAAUGCUUUCUUUUCCACUGGCUUUAUUUAACGACAUACCAAAUCUAGCUGAUAUAUACAUUUUUUCCAAUCUAUGCGAGCCAAUUGACUAUCUAUUGCUCUUGGUAGAUUAGAAGGGAUUGAAAAUGUUUCCUCUUUUCUAGAAGCAAAACGUUGUUUAUUUCAUGUUCUACAUGUGGUUUGAUUUGUAGAAUAUUAUAAUUGUGUAGCCACCUUAAUUCAUUUUUUGAUAUAUAUUUUCAAUGAGUGGCUAUCUGAAAUAUGUUCUCUCAAUGAAAUGUACAUUCAAUACUAUGUAUGUUCUUGAUGCAAUGUAACAUGUGUGUUUAGAGAAUUUCAAAGUUGGAGACAAUGACUCUCGAAAGGAAUAACAAGUAGAGUAAAGAAUUUGACUAGCUCUUAUAUGUGAGUGAUUACAUUAUUGAAUUUGUUCCAUCACAACAUAUAGCUAAGGAUGGAGCAAGUGUGGAGGUAGGUAGAUUUAGACCCAGUUUGAAAGAGCUUAUUUGAGCUUAUCUGACAGCAUAAGCUCUUAUGCCAGUGUUUGGGAGGGCUUAUGCAAACAGCUUAUGGUCUGCCAUAAGCUAUUUUCAGCUUAUUUUCAUAAGCUACUCAGGAUAGCUUAUGAAAAACAGCUUGUGCUUAUAUACAGCUUAGUUUUAAUUUAUUUCAAUAAUUUUUUAAAAAUAGCUUAUGAAUAAGCGCUUAUGUCAUGAGCGCUUAUGACCAUAAGCGCUUAAUUAAGCUGUUUUUCCAAACGAGACCUUAUUGUGUCUAUCUUGCUCAAGCCCCUUUUCUUGCCUUUACAUUUAAUGCUAAUUUAAGAUUGAAGUAUAAAUGAGAGGUACAGAGUAUUAGUGAAAC